AUGCUUCAGAGCAGUUUAGGACAGGCACAGCGCUUCAAGAAGCGCGAACGAACGCAGAACUGGGCGUACGAGGAGAAGCACUUUCUGCUGGAGCUGUGCCGCAAGGACAUGCACAUCAUCGAGAACAAGCGGCUCGACAGUGCGCUGACCACGCUGAAGAACCGCGCGUGGAAGAUCAUCCACCAGCAGUUCGCGAUCGCGUUCGGCACCGACCGGAACUGUAACCGGUUAAAGGAGCAGUGGCGCCGGAUGAAAGCGUGCACCCGAGCUGAGAUGCUCGACUACCAGCAGCGGAUACAGCGGUUCGGGCAGGACGUGGCUGACCGGAAGAAACCCAGCCAGUUCACGUUCGAAAUCUGGGAGUUUAUGCAGGAGGCGAAAAAGGUUUGCAAGAACGAGCUGAUGGACGACGUGGACUACUCUAAGAUCAAACUGUCGCUCGAGGAGAACCUCCCGCAGGGUGUGUCGCUCAAGGACUGCAGCGACGAGAACGACGACGAAAGUUCCUCGAUGUGGGAGAAAACGUCGCAGAACAUCUGCGAGGUCCAGAUCAAGGAGGACUCGCAGGACGAGCUAGAGGACUACGAGAAGGGUUCGUCCGCCAAGUACCCGCGGCUGCGGGGCUUCUCGAACGCGUCCACCCCCUUCGGACCGGUGACGUCGGCGGUGGAAGCGACGGCCCAUAGUCGGUUCAACGAGCUGCUGGCGUCCAGCUUCGCCAGUCGGCUAGCCAGUGAGCAUCACCUCAACAACAACAACAACAGUGGCAACAGUGGCGGCCAUUGUAAUAACAACAACAACAACAAUAGCACGGGAAGCGGCAACAAGCUGCUGGUGGACGCCGGGCUGGAUCUGUACAACCGGACGGCAUUCGGCAGCGAAUCGAGCCUGGUCGAUCUGGGAACUUCCGGGCCCGCGAACCUGUCCCAGCUCGACCUCAGCAACACGCUGGAGGCGCUCAACUUGCUCAAAACGCGGUUCAACCGCAUCAGCCAGCUCGGUCAGUGGAAGAACGCCUUUCAGGAGGCACAAAACCUGAGCACCAGUAGCAACAACAACAUCCCGCCGCCGUCCGACUCACCGACUGGCAGUGGCCACAACCACCACGCAGUGGCGGCCGGAAGUGGGCCGGAGCUCGUCAAUGGUGGUCUGCCUAUGCGGGGUGUAUCGCCGCCGAUCCCACCGACGACCGCUGCUGGCGCUGCUGCCCGCAGCCUUUCACGCUGCAUCGAAGUCGAACAGCAGCAACACCAACAGUCCGAGCACGAUCUGCGGAUGGAAAUACUAAGAACUGAUCUCGCGACAGCUAAAAUCAACAAAGAAACGGCCGAACUGAACCGGCAACUGGUGCUGCAGAAACUACGCCGGGUGCAUACCACCGGUAUCGGCAGCCGAGGAGGAGCGCCAGCGGAGGAAGAUGGUGUCGAUGGCGGGGAAGACGGCGGCAGCAGCACCAACAAUAUUUCCAACCCGUCCACGGCCGACUGUAGACUGGUCCGGUCGCCCACGUCGCUAGCCUCGGUGUCGGUGGUUCCGUCCCCAUCCCCACCGCUAGCGCUAAGAGUAGUCAAAAGCGAAGAACACUAA